GUUGUGUGUGCAGAGAGGGAGAGAGCGCGGAUCUCCUGAACAAGUGGAGAAAAGAGAGUGUCUAUGUGAAUGCAAGAAGGGAGUGCAUAGCAACACAACUCCACGAUGAAGAAGAGCCAGGAACACCAUUCUCAGAAGGAGGACUGAAUAAGAUGUCAAAAACUCCUAUAUGACAUGCCAGAAAUUGCCAUGGGGCCUUCAUAAAGCCAAUUCCAGACCUGUUAAUGACUCCAAGUGAUCAAGGGGACGGUGACCAACAGACCCAAUUCCCUGAAGACAGAGGGAAUUGGACAGGCAAGCUAGACUUCCUUCUGUCCUGCAUUGGCUACUGUGUUGGACUGGGGAAUGUCUGGAGAUUUCCAUACCGUGCUUAUACCAAUGGGGGAGGAGCAUUCCUUGUUCCCUAUUUUAUCAUGUUGGCUAUAUGUGGUAUUCCCAUCUUCUUCAUGGAGCUGUCACUGGGCCAGUUCUCAAGCCUGGGCCCUCUUGCUGUUUGGAAGAUAAGCCCACUCUUUAAAGGUGUUGGCAUGGCCACAAUCCUGAUUGUCUCUUUAGUGGCCAUUUACUACAACAUGAUCAUUGCUUAUGUUCUCUUCUACCUCUUUGCUUCACUGACAAAUAACUUGCCCUGGCAGUACUGUGGCAAUUGGUGGAACACAGACCUGUGCUUGGACCACCAUGUCAUGCGUACUGGGAAUGGUGCUGUCCCUCUCAACCUCUCUAACACUGUCAGCCCAAGUGAGGAGUACUGGAGUCGCUAUGUCCUGCACAUCCAAGAGAGCUCAGGGAUUGGGGAUCCUGGGGCAAUUCGCUGGAAUCUGUGUCUAUGUCUCCUCCUCGCCUGGGUUAUUGUGUACCUCUGUAUCCUAAAGGGAGUAAAAUCAUCUGGCAAGGUUGUGUAUUUCACUGCCACAUUUCCUUACCUCAUCCUGAUUAUGCUCCUAAUUCGUGGCGUGACCCUGGAAGGAGCCUGGUUAGGAAUCAAAUUCUAUCUUACACCUCAGUUUGACCUGCUGCUGUCUCCCAAGGUGUGGAUUGAAGCAGCUUUGCAGAUCUUCUACUCUCUUGGGGUGGGAUUUGGGGGACUUCUCACCUUUGCAUCAUACAACACCUUCCACCAGAAUAUUUACAGGGAUACGUUUAUAGUCACUGUGGGUAAUGCCAUCACCAGUAUCUUAGCUGGCUUUGCCAUCUUCUCUGUUUUGGGCUACAUGUCUCAAGAACUUGAUGUUCCUGUUCAAGAAGUGGCCAAAGCUGGUCCAGGGUUGGCUUUUGUGGUCUACCCACAAGCCAUGACAAUGCUUCCUCUUUCUCCUUUCUGGUCUUUCCUUUUUUUCUUCAUGCUGUUAACUCUUGGUUUGGACAGUCAGGUAAGGUUUUCGUCUGUUCUAGGGGAGUCCUUUAUGGGUAUGUUCAAGUGCUUGGUUCUUUGGCUUUACAAGAGAAUAUAUUUUGUCUGUGCACAGUUUGCCUUUCUGGAGACAAUAGUCACUGCUGUGACUGAUGAGUUCCCCUAUUACCUGCGCCCAAAGAAGGCUUUUUUCUCAGGGGUUAUUUGUGUCACAAUGUUCCUGAUGGGACUUAUUCUUACAACAGAGGGUGGAAUGUAUUGGCUGGUGCUGCUGGAUGACUACAGUGCUGGCUUUGGACUCAUGGUGGUUGUCAUUACCACCUGCCUGGUGGUCACCCGUGUAUAUGGCAUGAAGAGAUUUUGUCGUGAUAUUCACAUGAUGCUGGGUUUUAAACCAGGGAUAUACUUUAAAGCCUGUUGGUUGUUCCUGUCCCCAGUAACAAUGAUGGCUUUGCUGGUAUACAGUAUAAUCAAGUAUGAACCUUCAGAAUAUAAUGGCACCUAUCGUUUUCCCUUUUGGGCUGAGGCUCUGGGCAUCUUGAUGGGACUUUUCUCCUGCCUGAUGAUCCCCAUAGGGAUGGUUUUUGCUGUGUUCAAAGAGGAAGGGACACUCUGGCAGAGAAUCCAGCAAGCUAGCAGACCAACCAUGGAUUGGGGGCCUUCCCUGGAGGAGAACAGAACUGGCAUGUAUGUGGCCACUCUGGCAGGAAGCCAGUCGCCUAAACCUCUGAUGGUCCAUAUGCGAAAAUAUGGAGGGAUAACCAGCUAUGAGAACAUAGCAUUUCAGAUAGAUAAAGAGAUUGAAGAAGAGGAAGAGGAGUCCAUUAUGUGAAGAGAAAGCUUCCCCUGCUCAGCCCAUCAAGCUAGAUGUUGAAGAAAAAUGCAAGGAGGAAACUCCUGAAUUUUUUGCGCAAAGUUGCACCUUGGUUGGCACACUUAAGGCCGUUUGGGAAUCUCACCAAAAAACUGCUGACUGUUUAGCAUCUCAUAGCAGUGAAUUCCUGCUGAGAAUCCCAGUGUUGUUGAGGUUUCUGUUCUGUGUGGAGACAUGUGUAAUGAACCUGUGUUUUAGUGCUCUAGUUAUACCUGGUACAGGCCAGCAACUCGUAUUGUCCUUUCCUCUCCCAAGUUAUGGUUUCUGUGGAGUAGUGGUAAAAUUUGAAAUGCAAGUGCACUGCUCAUCAUGACUGCCUCCAUAGUUGUCUCCCAGGAGUCCAAAAAAGAUAUGGGAAGCUGAGGCGAUGCAUUUUAACAAAUCCAUUCUAACAGUUUUAUCUCUCACCUGCCCCUGCCCCCGCCUCUGUGACACUAAAAGCUAAUGAGUUUUCUCAUGUCUCAUUCAAAGCCAAACUAUCACAGAUUUCUUUGCAUUAGAUAGCUGGAGGGAAAUUAUCCCUGCUCCCCAGUUACUAAUGACUAGAGUUUCAUUUAGAAGGAAAAUGAAGCUUGUGAUGGAUGACAGAAAACACAAUUGUCCCUGCACAUAAUGAAAUCAUAGAGUUGGAAGAGAUCACAAGGACCCUCAGUCCAAUCUCUUGACAUGCAGGAACACAUUUGCCAUUUUGUUGAGGUAUGUCUUGUAUCUCAUACAGAUCCCACAUACAGGUUGAGUAUCCCUUAUCCAAAAUGUUUGGAACUAGAAGAGUUUUGGAUUUCAGAUUUUGGAAUACCUGUCUUUACAUACAUGUACAUGAUGAGAUAACUUGGAGAUGGGACCCAAGUCCUAAUAAACAAUGUGUUUCUGUUUCGUAUUUACCUUAUACACAUAGCCUAAAGGUAAUUUUAUACAAUAUCUUAAUAGUUUUGUACAUGAAACAAAGUUGUGUACACUGAAUCAUCCGAUAGCAAGUGUGUCUCAGACACCCAUAUGGAUAAUUUUGGAUUUCAGAGUAUUUCAGGUUUUGGAAUUUAGAAUAAGGGAUAUGCAAUCUUUAUGUAUCUUCUUGGCACUCGCCAAGAUAAUUGCUUGUAUAUUUUAGUAUACAAACAUUCUUGUUCAAGUCAGUGUGACAAUACAUCAUUUGAAAAAAGAAUGAACCUACUCUCCCAGUGCUAUUCCUCUUCUCUUUGUAAGUGCCUAAGGAGUUUGAAAUGGGCCUGUUGAAUGUGUCAUUUUUAGAAUAUUCAGAAGAUAAGGUAAGAUAUUUUUGAAUAAGAAGAAAACCCUCUCAAGAAUUCUAUAAUAAUAAGCUACCAAAUUUGAUUGCUAAUUUUAAAGUCAAACAAAUCAAAAUUCACAGAGACACUGAUAAUGAAUGAAGUCUACUGGGAGCUUUAAUCAUAGUAUAGGUCAGAUGAACUUUUUUCACUCAGGAAAAAAUGAAUUCCUCAUUUCUCCAUGUAUCUGUGUAGGUAGGUGGAAGAAAAUGGGGCCCUGAACUAUAUCAGCCAUGUUCAUAUCAAGAAAUCAUAUCUACAUUAGAUAUAUUUUAAAACUGAUUAUAUGACAGUGUUCUUGGAGAUAUGCUGCAAAAAAUUAAUAUUCCCUAAAAUUGUUUGUGACCUGUCUCAGCACCACAUCUAUCAAUAAAUAAAAUUUGGUGUUUUUUUAAAAAUUUGAGCCAGUAUCCCAUUAAUAUCUUUAGGGUAGUACAAAAAAGGCUUCAGGGUCAACUCUUGUCAUACACAUGAAGGCACAUGUUAACACAGAGUUUGUUGAACAUACACUGUAGAUAUAUGUAAAUGCAGUAAUAGGAAUAGAUGUCAUAUACUGACUCAGAUUAGUGUUUGAUCUAACUCAGUAAUCCCCACUCUGUCUGACAAGGGCUCACUAGAAUGAGCCUCACUGCAACCAUUUUCCGGUCUGCAGGAUAUAGAUUCUGCCAACAAUCAGCCAAUUUGUGGCUGUCCAGAUUUUAGUGGACUCCAACUCCCACAUCAUUUACCAUUGAUUCUGUUGGCUAGAGAGGAUGCGAAGUACUGCCCAACAACAUCUGGAGGGGCAGAAUGGCACAGUUGUGUUUUACACCAGUUCCUGGGUUGGAGUAAUUUUCUUGUAUUUUAGGUACAGGACUUCCAUACUUGUAUCUGGGACGCUGAGGAUAAAAUCUGUGACAAAGAAUGUAUUUAUCAAGCCACAUCUUUUUCUCUUCACUCUUCCUCUCCCCCCCCCCCUCAGCAAUAACAUAAGGCUCCACACAAUGGGAAGAAACAUACAGAAAGGAUAGGUUGAUGGGUAAAUGUAUGAAUUGGUCCAAAGUGCAGCAGGCUCUUUUGUUGUCUCUGUCUGGGAAUGUAUUGCUUUUACUUAUGUAAACCUUAAAUUGGUUUAUGCUAAAAUUAUUUUUAAUGGGACACAAAACUAGAUAAUUGGAAUGUACAUUUGAUUAAUAUUUUGAAUUCUGCCCUGCAUUUAUAUGUAUCGCUUAUACAGCAAAAGGGAGAACUACACAUGCCUUUUGUUCUAUGUAGCUGACACCAAGGAGAAAUAUGGCAUGUUCUUCACUUAUUUUUGGAAGAGUUGUUUUCUCAUUUCCUCCUCAAAUAAAUACAUGUUUUAUCAAAUUCUGCCUGGGGGGAAAAUAACAGGUAAUUUGACCAUGAAUUCAGCUCUUCCUGGCCAUUUUAUGCUUAAGAAGUGCAUUUUAAAUCAGGAAGUACACUGGAAGAUAAUCAGACUACUUCUAGGCCUGAAAAUGUGACUAAAUGGUUCUCUUAUUUUGAGUUGUUGGGAGGGGAGCUUUGCUGGAAGUCCUUUGCAGUUUACUUGCAGUUUUUCAAAAGGUCUUUUCUGGGCCUAAAAUGACCCUACGGGCCAUGCACACCUCAUAGACCCACCCCUGUUUUAUAGCAAAGGCAGCAACUCUCUUUCAGUUUGAGGGUUGAGUUUCAUUUCAGAGAACAAUGCUUGCAUUGUUGCAAUGGGUAGGACCAACAUACCAAGACAUUAUAGUUUUAAGCUCUUCCUGCUGAUAAUUAAGCCACAGGAAAGUUAUUUCAACCUUUUAGGAAGAAGAAAAAGCUAUAGGGAACACUGUACUGGGAAAUGAUAAAAUGAUGGUGUCAAAAGGGAUGGACUGGGAUGAUCUCUGAAAUCUCAUAGGGCCAGAAGUGGAGACUGUCUUGAUCAUAGUCAGGCCCUUUGCUUAUCCAGUAGGUCAUUCAUUUUUCUCUCUUCUGCUGCCUGCAAUAUUUUCCAAGGGUUGGCCUUUUUCUGUUCAUUCUUGAAUAUCUAAGACUCAGCUUUAGUUGGCUAUCGAUCUGUCAAGUGUAACUGUGGUUACUGUUUCCCAGUACAAAAACACGGUGUUCUCCUAUGUUACAGUACACAGUAUUCUUCUAUGCGAAGACCACUGAUGUUACAACUCAGAGGGAAAAACAUUAUUGAGCAAUAUUUUGAUAUUUUGAUUAAAAUAAUUGCCAGGGGAAAAUGGGAAAGUAAUUUCUGGCAGUGAUAUACAUGCUGUUUGCAGGCUGCCUUCAAAUAUCUUCUAGGACAAACAUACACAUCUCACAUAGACUCUUCCCAUCUGAUUCUAGCAACCAAAUAUCUGUAUUUGGGAAUGUUUCGAGCCCCAAUGCAAACCACCAGAGGAUUCAGGCUUGAGAGCACUCCUACACACUAACAUUUCCUGAGCAACAUUUACUUAAAAUGUAAAUAAUCUUUUUAAAAAGAAGACAAUUUGGCAUCAUCCAGAUGUUUCAGAUUACAAAUGCCACCAGUCCCAGUCAGUAUACAACAACAACAACAACAACUCUUUAUUGAUUAGUCAAUUUUGACCAUAUCAAAACAUGUGAAACAUACAAAACGUACACACUUACCCAUACAUACAGUAAAGCCAUGUAUAGAUACAAAGCAUCCCGGCCUACUAGCCUACCAACCCACUCCUAGAUAGUUGUGCAAAUACAGAAUAAAAAGAUUAAAAUUAAUUAUUCCCUUAAGGUAAGGUUUAAGCGGAGGCAAGGGUAAGUAAAACUAGUGGCUUGUCCAUAGUAAAUAUUACAUUUGGAUUUUUAAAUUUCGCUUCUUGGCCUUUUGGCUAAGAUCAAGUGUAGUGUGUAGUAUAGCAAAAGGUCAGGAAUUACAGCAAAUGGAGUCAAAAACACUUGGAAGUACCAGGUUCUCUUGUUCUUGCAAUGAAAGGAUAAAUUUGUCUACCUCUUUAUUUGUAAAAUGGCAUCCUUGUAUGUGUGGGGGUCAGAAUUUUCUUCUUCAUUAUGGAUGACCCAUCUGUUUAAGAAGCAAUCCCAACACUCAGCUACACUGGAUAGCAUGUAUUCCAACCCAGAACAUCUUUAUUUUUCAAUAUAUAUUUUAUUAUUUUUUGUUUAACUAUUAAAUCGGGCACAUUUCAAAUGAAGAAAUAAAAAACCUGCAUUUGCUGUUAACUGCUUUCAAGACAACUUUGACUUUUGGCGACCCUAUGAAUGAAGGAUCUCCAAGUGACCCUGCCAUCAACAGCCCAGCUCAGGUCUUAAGGCAGUUGUGGCUUCCAUCACUGAAUGUAUGCAUCUGGAAUGUGGUCCUCUGCUUUUCCUACUGCCCUCUGCUUUACCAAGCAUUAUUGUAUUUUGUAGUGAGUAAUGUCUUCUCAUAAUAUGUCCAAAGUAUGAUAGUCUCAGUUUGGUGGUCUUGGCUUCUAGGGAGAAUUCAGGCCUGGUCUGAUCUUGGACCAAUUUAUUUGCCUUUUUGAUAGUCUACAUCAUAAAACAACAGAAAACAACAUUUGAGAGCAACAAUGGUGAAGAUAACGAAGAUGCUAACUCAUGUAAAGGCCUUUAACAUAACGAUACAGUAUCAAUUACCCUAUUUUAUCUUUCCAUAGAGAUCUUUGUUGAGCUGGAUGAAUAUAUACAUGUGUUAUAUAUUUGCAUCUUAUCUUUUGCAAAUGUAAUAAAGAGGUGCCAUAUUCCAUAGAAGGGCCUCAUGGCUUUGAACAUCUUAUGUCAUUUUAACUUGUCUCAAUGUAUUAAGUAUGUGGGUGUGGGUUGCUUGGCUGGUUGAUCAGCAGUGAGUGAUGUAUCUAUUGGUACAGGGAUGGUGAAUCCACUCUUCUGUAGCUGCUUCAAAUUGUAUGGGAUCCCUCCUAGUGCUCAACUCCUGUCAGGAUUAAAGUUAGCACCUUGUUGUCUCCCACAUAACCGGGAAUGACCAUCCCCAAGAAGCAAUAUACCACCCAAGCUUAUGUCUGACUCAGUUCUUUGUGUUAGGUUCCUACAUUAUGAAAGCAAUAUAUUUAUAGCCGUUAUGUUGCUCCACAUUUUAAAUGUUUGUAGCAUCUUAUGUCUUGCGCAUAAUGUCAUUUAAAGGAGUUCUAAACAUCUUCUCCAUUGUUCAUAUGUAUGUGAGCUGUAGAAAUUAAUUUAUAAAGACACUUCUAUUUUUUAUUAUAAGUAAUUGAUAGUAGAAAUACAGAAGGGUUUACUAGGUAUGAAUUUUCUUCUAUAUUUAUAGCAGCUAAUUAACAAAUGGAAAAAGCCUCCUUCCCAUAUAUGAUAUAUUUAACAUAAUGAGUAUUUUGGAAGCUUUUGAUCUCUCCCAACUAGGAGUGCCUUGCCCUGCCUUUCCAGUUUCCAUGGGUAAUCUCCAGGCAUAUCAUCUUAAAUUCUCAGCCUGUGUGUGUGUGUGUGUGUGUGUGUGUGUGUGUGUGUGUGUGUGUGUGAGAGAGAGAGAGAGAGAGAGAGAGAGAGAGAGAGAGAGAGAGAGAGAGAGAGAGAGAGAGAGAAUCUGUGGGCAACUGUUAUUGAUAUUUAAUGCAUAAGACUAAUAUCAUCGCUAAGAUCUCACGUUUUGGCCCAAAAAUCUCCAGGCUUGGGAUAGUCCUGAACUGAUAUUGUUAUUUCCAGUAUGCACUAUUUGAUGACUCUGCACCUAAUGAUAAUUUAUAAUUUAUAAUUUAUGAAUGAACUGCUUACCUGACCCUUUUGGAAAAUGUUUGAUUGAAAAUGAUGUGAGAUUAAAUAAAAAUAUUUUCUAUGGUUAUACAUCUGUAUAUGGCCCACUGAUUCACAAACUUUGUAAUCAAUGAAUAUUAGGGCGUUAAGCAUAUAUAUAUAUGUAUGAGUUCUUAUAACAGACUAAACAGAGAUAGCAUGCUUAAAGUCAGAUAUUUCCAAUUAUGGGGAGAAUGUUGGCUCUAAUAUAACUGAAGCAGAAACCACACUUGCUGUUUUAUUUAUGAUACUUGACCUGUUAGUUCACACGUUCAAGCAGGAAUUUGCAAAAUACAUCUCAAAAGUAAUUGAUUACAGUUAUAUUUCCAUGUCCCUGCAAAGAUGGUUAUUAUUAUAGUUGGAAUGUUUAAAAGGUAUGAGCUUGUCUUUUGUUUCAAACAUAAUUAAAAUAUGCAUAUUUAAUUCCA